AUGGGUAAGGCAGCUCAUCCCAACCACAAAGAUCACUGUGUCGUUUAUUAUUAUCGAAACCAAGAGGCUCUACAAAGAAAGGCCCGGGAAAGAGCUCAACGUGAGAUCCUAAGUUUUAGAAACGCCGAGAAGCUGCGUGUUUCGGCAAAGGAACUCGCCCCAAUACUGGCUGCCAUGGAUGGAGCUAGCGAAAGCCUUGAAUCUGGAAACUCAACCGAUACACGGCGAGCAGUUGGGGUGGUGGCAACCACAAAGUGUCCGCUUUUUGAGACUACAAAAUUAGUAGUGUCUGCUUUUUUGGACUACAAUGUGUCUGCACUUUUGGACUACAAUGUGUCCGCUUUUUUCAUUUCAAAAGUCAUUGGGGAUAUGAUUGAAGGAUUGGGAUGA